AUGCCCAACACUGUUGCCUACUUUGACAUUGCCAUCGACGGCGGCUCGCCCUCGCGUGUCGAGUUUGAGCUGUUUGACGAUGUCGUUCCCAAGACCGUCGAGAACUUCAAGCACCUCUGCAUUGGUGACAAGACCAACGCCGCUGGCACCAAGCUCGCCUACGCCGGCUCGUCGUUCCACCGCUGCAUCAAGGGCUUCAUGCUCCAGGGUGGUGACUUUACUCGCGGCGACGGCACUGGCGGCGAGUCCAUCUACGGCGAGAAGUUUGCCGACGAGGCCUUCACCUUGAAGCACGAGAAGCCCAUGCUCCUCUCCAUGGCCAACGCCGGUCCCAACACGAACGGCUCCCAGUUCUUCAUCACCACCGUUCCCACUCCUCACCUGGACGGCAAGCACGUGGUCUUUGGCCGCGUCCGCUCGAACCGCGCUCUCAUCCGCCGUAUCGAGGACAUCCCCACUAGCGCCGGCGACAAGCCCGAGGACGACGUCACCAUCAUCUCGGCCGGUGUCCUUUCCGCCGAGGAGGUCGCUGAGGAGGACGCCAAGCGCGAGCGCGCCGCUGCCGCCGCGUCGUCGGGCGGCGAGGACGUCUUUGAGGACUACCCCGCCGACGAGGAGAAGAUUGACGCCGAGAAGCCCGAGGAGGCCCUCAAGGUCGCCCUCACGCUCAAGGACGUUGGCACCAGUGAGUUCAAGGACAAGAACUUUGUCGUCGCCCUCGCCAAGUACCAGAAGGCCCUGCGCUACCUCGACGUCCACCCCGCGCUCCCGGACGAUGCCGACACCAAGCUCGUCGAGUCGUACCGCAACACCCGCUUCCCUCUCCUGACCAACUCUGCCCUCGCUGCCCUCAAGGUCGGCCAGAACAAGCUCGCCGUCUCGCUCGCUACUCGCGCGCUCAACGUCGACAACCUCUCGGCCGCCGAGAAGGGCAAGGCCCUCUACCGUCGUGGUCUCGGCCGCGCCGCUCUCAAGGAGGACGAGGCCGCCGAGAAGGACUUCAAGGAGGCUCUCGUUUCUGUCCCCGGUGACGCCGGUGUCCUCAACGCUAUUCGCGACAUUGAGGUCCGCACCAAGGCCCGCAAGGAUGCCGAGAAGAAGGCCUACUCCAAGAUGUUCGGAUAG